UUUGUCUUGCGUAGCCUUGGCUUUGUGACAUCUUCAGAUAGAGAAGGAAAGAGGUUCUUCAGCCCAGAUGGAGCUCAGAGUGGAGAUGGAGGAACCAGACCAGCCCCGAAGAGGGAAGAGGGUCCCAUGAAAUGUGGGGCAGGAGAAGUGUUGGGUUCCCAGACAGAAUGGCUCAGGAUGCCCUGGAGGAGAAGGCCUUCCGCGCACACCUUCAGCGCCAACGCUUCUGGCGUUUCCGCUUCCAGAAGGCCUUGGGGCCCCAAGAGAUGGAAGCUGUUUUGGAGCCCAGAGUGAUGGUUGAGGAGCCACACCAGACCAGCCCCAAAGGAGGAAGAGAUCCCAAUAAAACGUGGGACAGGAGAAGAGUUGGAUUCUGGGAGAGAACAAAGGAUGAUCUAGAGGAGAAGGCCUUCACUGCAGACCUUCAGAGCCAACGCUUCCGACGCUUCUGCUAUGAGGAGGCCUUGGGGCCACGAGAGGUCUGCAGCUACCUCCACUUUCUCUGUUGCCAAUGGCUGAAACCCAAGAAACAUACAAAGGCGGAGAUGCUGGACCUGGUGAUCCUGGAGCAGUUCCUGGCCGUCAUUCCUGCGGAGAUGGGGCGCUGGGUGAGGGAAUGUGGGGCAGAGACCAGUUCCCAGGCCGUGGCCUUGGCUGAAGGCUUCCUCCUGAAUCGGGCCCAAGAAGAGAAGGCGCUGCAGGAGAAGCAGAAGGAGAGAGAGGUCCUUCAGGCCCAGGAGGUACCAUUGGAUACCAGGAAUAUAUUAUCUUCUGGCUGGAUUGAACUAGAGGACAACACAGGAGAGUCUCCAUUAGGAGACGAGCCAAGGGUGCUGGGAAGACCUGGCAGCUCCGCUCUUUCUGAUGCAGAAGAAAUGGCAUCCAUUCAGCAAGACCAGGUGAUAUUUGAGGAUGUGGCUGUACAUUUCAGUGUGGAGGAGAGGGCCUUACUAGAUACGGAUCAACGGGCCCUGCACUGGGAGGUCAUGGAUGAAAAUUAUAGGAUGGUGGCUUCUCUGGGUGGUGAUGGACAAGGGAGUGACAACGAGGGAGCUCCAAAUAUAAUGUGGUUGAACACAGAGAGAUGUCAUAAGGAAGAAGAAAUGGAAACAGAAGGAUAUAAUGGGAAUCAGUGCCCUGUCGACAUCAGAGAAAUCACAAUCGAAGAGACAAUAGAUGAAAGCAGGGAGAUGGGAAACAGCCCUGUCUAUGAGAAUGGCUUCUUCCAGGAGGCGUCGAGUACAAACAAUAAGAAACACCAAAUUGUGGGCAAGCCAUAUAAAUGCCUGGAGUGUGGAAAACGCUUCCCUCGAAAAGGAGGCUUGCGUAGACACCAAAGCACCCACACAGGAGAGAAGCCAUAUCAAUGCCUGGAGUGUGGAAAAUGCUAUACCCAAAAGGAUAGUCUCAGUAGACACCAAAACACCCACAUGAGAGAGAAACCCUAUAAAUGCCUGGAGUGUGGGGAAUGUUUCUUUCGUAAAAGAUACCUCAAGACACAUGAAAGAAACCACCCAAGAGAGAAGCUGUAUAAAUGCCUGGAGUGUGGAAACUCCUUUUAUGAAGAAGGAAGCCUCCGUAGACACCAAAACACCCACUUGGGAUUUAAGCCAUAUCAAUGCCUGGAGUGUGGAAAAUGCUAUACCCAAAAGGAUAGCCUCAGUCGACACCAAAACACCCACACGGGAGAGAAGCCAUAUAAAUGCCUGGAGUGUGGGAAAGGUUUUUCUGAUAAGAGAAGUCUUAUUAGACAUGAAGUGAAACACAGAGCAGAGGAAUCCUAUAAAUGUCUGGAAUGCGGGGAGAGUUUCUCUUUGAGAGAGAGCCUAAGUCUACACCAAAACACCCACUUGGGAGAGAAGCCAUAUAAAUGCCUGGAGUGUGGAAAACUCUUUAGUCAAAGCUAUUCCCUCCGUAAACACCAAAACAUCCACAUAGGAGAGAAGCCAUAUCAAUGCCUGGAGUGUGGAAAAUGUUUCUUUCGGAAAGGAGCCCUGAAGAGACACGAAAGAAUCCACACAGGAGAGAAGCCAUAUCAAUGCCUGGUGUGCGGAAAAGGAUUUACUGAGAAGACCAAUUUUAUUGGACAUGAAAUGAAUCACAGAGGAGAGAAACCCUAUCAAUGCCUAGAGUGCGGGAAGAGUUACAGCCUGAAAUGUGUCCUUAAAGCUCACCAGAACAGGCUUACGGGAAAGUGUGGGAAGAGUUUUGGCUACAAAUUAGACCUCACAAAUGUCCCGGAUAGUCGUACAGAAGAUGAGACCAACGUCAUGUCUGGAGUGAGGGAAGAGCUUCCAUUGGAGAGCAGUUUCGAGGCCCACUAAAAAGCCCACGUGGGAGAGAAGGCAGAACGUCUGGAACCUGAUCAAUCCUCAAAGUUUACUGGAAUGUUCUUACAAAGAGAAACUGUCCACAUUCCUGCCUUUUGGAAAGAGUUGAGUUGCACAACA